AUGGCCGGCGGUCUCACCAAAUACCGCCAUCUCGGCCGCAACUCGUCGGCGCGAAACGCUCUCCUGCGUGGCCUCGUGACAUCCCUCGUCCAGCACGAACACAUCCAAACCACAUACGCCAAAGCCAAGGAGGCCCAAAGACUAGCCGAGAAGCUGAUCACCCUGGCCAAGCGCGACAAUGAGCCCUGCCGGCGGUCAGCGCAAGGAAUUCUCUAUAUGCCGCACCUACACCUGCCCAAACUUCUCGGUCCCCUAAAGGAACGAUACAUGAACCGCGAGGGCGGCUACACCCGCGUCGUCCGCACCGAGCCCAUGAACACCUACGACCAGGCCGAGAGCGCCAUCCUCGAGUUCGUCGACGGACCCCGCGACUCGCGCUUCAUGCUGACGGCCAAGACGGUGGCUCGCGACCGCAUGCUCGGCCAGGCGCACAGGGACCUGACGCUCGAGAACAUUGACAAGGUGACCAAACACCGGGGCGAGGCCGAGUUCGAGGCCAUGGUGAAGAGAUACAUGGUCAAGGAUAUCAAACGCAACCGCGACAACACACGAGAGAAGGCGCCAAAGAGAGCUACGUCUCCGAGUGAUGUAGAGUAG